AUGACAUCUCUGAAGUCCAAGUGUAACCUGAAGGGCCUUCUGGAGAAGCUGAACCAUGAUGAGUUAAAGUGCUUCAAAUCUCUACUAAGACUCCGCUUGGAAUCUGGGGAGUACCUGCAGGAGUUCCCAUGGUAUGAGGUGGAAGAGGCCAAUGGCAAGAAACUGGCAGACAUUCUGAACAGCAAUUUCCCUGGCAGUAGCCUGAGAAAUGUGACCCUGCACAUCCUGGAGAAGAUGGACCUCACAGAAUUAUCUCAAACCCUGGAGGAUGUUCAAGCACAAGUAAUAUAUGAGCCAGUGCUGAGACACAAGGAAGAACGUUUGGAGAUAGAGAAGCCAGGUCAAAAGGAGGGAUGGAGAAACAUAAUAGAGAAAUUGUCUUUGGUCUGGAAAAAUAAAUUUUGUCCAAGAGACAGUGACCAUUUCCAAGACGUCACUCAGAGAAGCCAGAAAUUGAUACCAUUUUUGAGUCCCCAAAUGACCACAGAGCCAACGGCGCACACAGUAGUGUUGCAUGGUCCUUCAGGCGUUGGGAAAACCACAGUGGCCAAAAGGUGUCUCCAGGACUGGACAGAGGGCAGUCAGGCCUACCGAUGUGCCUUCUACCUUAGCUGCAGGGAGCUUAGCCACAUGGCGCCCUGCUCGUUUGUGGAGCUCAUCUCUAAGGACUGUCCUGAGUUGCAGGAUGACAUGGUGGACAUCCUUGCACAAGCACAGGAACUCCUGUUCGUGGUGGAUGGUUUUGAUGAGCUGAGGGUUCCAGUGCAGGCACUGAUCUGUGACAUCUGUGGAGAUACAAGUAAAGAGAAGCCAGUGCCCAUCCUGUUGAGUAGUUUACUGAAGAGGAAAAUAGUACCCAACGCCACACUGCUGGUCACCACAAGAUCCCGGGCCCUGCAGGAGCUCAUCCUGUUGGUAGAGCAGCCACUCUUCAUAGGGAUCCAGGGCUUCCUGGACCUGGACAGGCAGGCAUUCUUCCGGAAAUACUUUGGAGAUGAGGACCAGGCACUGCAAGCUCUCGUGGCCAUGAAGCGCAAUGAGGCUCUGUACUCUAUAAGUUCAGCUCCCGCCGUGUGCUGGGUAAUUUGCACCUGUCUGAAGCUACAGAUGGAGAGGGGGGAAGACCUUACCCUGACUUGCCAGAUCACCACAUCACUGUUCCUGCAGUUUCUCUGUUUCCAGUUCCAACCAGCACCUGAUGACAGCCCUAGCAGUCACCUUUCAGCCCCACUGGAGGCCUUGUGUCUCCUGGCUGCCCAGUGCCUGUGGACACAGGUAUCUGUGUUCUAUGAAGAAGACCUCAAGAGACUUGGGGUGAAGGAGUCUGACCUCCAUCCCUUCCUGGACAAGGGCAUCCUCCAGAAUGACAAUGACUGUAUGGACUGCUACUCCUUCAUGCACCUCAGUGUCCAGCAACUUCUGGCUGCCAUGUUUUACAUUCUGAAGCGUGAGAAGAAGGAAAUUCAGGACAGUUUUGAGCAGGAUAUUGAGGAUGUGUGGAAGCUGUUUUCCAAGGAAGCAAGAGUGAAGAACCCCAACCUGGCCCAGGUGGGGCUCUUCUUAUUUGGUCUCCUGAACAGGAAGAGAGCCCAGGAGGUGGAGACCACUUUUGGCUGCCAAACAUCAAUGGAGGUCAAACAGGAGUUACUGCAAGCCAAGCCUGGGGAGAAUCAACCCUUCCUCCACUUGAUGGAUCUGAGGGAGGUUUUCUCCUGUCUCUAUGAAUCUCAGGAGGAGGAACUAGCAGAGGAAGCCAUGGUCCCCUUUGAGGAAAUGUCUCUGCAAUUGAGAAAUAAUGCAGACCUAAUGAACUCUUCAUUCUGCCUCAAACACUGUCACAACUUGAGGAGAAUCUCAGUGCAGGUGGCCAAGGGGGUGUUCCCGGAGGACAGUGCUGCUUUGGAGUCCUACCUGCGGGGUGAGAGCUCCAACAAGAACUUGAGCCUUUUGGACAUCAGCCAAAGCUUCCUUAGCAGCCCUUCGGUGAGGAUUCUUUGUGACUAUGUAAGCCGUGUCUCCUGCUGUCUGCAGAAAGUCGUUGGGAGGACUGUCUUACAUCAGAGGGUCAUCAUUAGGCAAUUGGGCCAAGAGUUUGGAUGUGUGCAAAUGUCCACUGAGGGGGCGCAUUUGCAG